CUUCCCCUGUUUUUCGCCGAUGCUUUCUCGACAAAUUUUACCACUGAGUCAGUCAGCCGUCAUUUCUCCAAGACACUGUUUUUGUUCUUAGGAGGAGGAAGCUUUAAAAGAAAUAAGGACUAUUUGAUGAUUUGGGUAUUGAUAUUUCAAUGGUUUUGAGCUCUUUUUUGUCCAGAAGAACAAGUCUUUUCAGCCGGGGUUUGCAUGUAGGUAAGCAAUUCUCUUACCCAAGUAGUGAAGACAUUGUCUUCAGAGCAAUCUGUGUUAACUUAAGACGUAGGAGAUGGAAAUUCUUGGAGCAAGUGUCCCCAAGUCUUACAGAUGCAUUGGUGAGUCGUGUCGUUCGCGAGUUUCAGAACUCGCCUCAGUUAGCCUUGGAGUUUCACAAUUGGGUUGGAGAGAAGAAAGGCUUUCCACACUCAUUGGCAUCCUGUUGUGCUCUAAUUCAUGUCUUGGUAAAGUCGAGGCGAUUUGAUGAUGCAAUAACUCUAUUGGAGAAUUUAAUGCAUGUAAAUGGCAUGACCCCAUUGGAAGUUUUGGAUGGUUUGGAGGACAGUUAUGAAUUGUGUGAUUCCUUUCCAGCAGUCUUUGAUACAUUGGUUAGAGCUUGCACACAGUGUGGGGCUACUGAGGGUGCUUAUGCAGUCGUUAAGAAGUUGAGAAUGAAGGGUCGUUUUGUUACUAUUCAUGCUUGGAAUAAUUUCUUUAGUCAUCUUUUGAAGUUAAAUGAAAUUGGUAGAUUUUGGAAUGUGUAUAACGAAAUGGUUUCUUACAGGUAUAUUGAGAAUGUGAAUACUUUUAACUUAGUUAUAUAUGCUCUUUGUAAGGAAUGUAGAAUACUAGAAGCAAUUUCUGCUUUUUAUCGGAUGUUGAAGAGUGGGAUUUGGCCUAAUGUUGUUACUUUCAACAUGAUAAUAAAUGGAGCUUGUAGGAUGGGUGACAUAGAGCUUGCCUUGAAGCUUGUCAGGAAGAUGGGAGUAAUGUCAGGAAACUCUGUUUCACUGAAUUUGGUAACUUACAAUUCUAUCGUUAAUGGGUUUUGUAAAAUAGGAAAAUUUUCAUUUGUGGAAGAAGUUUGUAAUGACAUGGUUAAGGCAGGUUUUGAGCCUGAUGUAAGGACCUAUGGAACCUUAAUAGAUGGUCAUGCACGAAAAGGGUGCUUAGAGGAGGCACUAAGAUUGUGUGAUGAAAUGGCGGAAAGGGGCUUGAUGCCUAAUACUGUUGUUUAUAACUCAAUCCUCCAUUGGUUUUACAUGGAAGGUGAUUUAGAGGGAGCUUCUUCGGUAUUAGCUGACAUGAUUGACAAGAAUGUAUGCCCGGACAACGUCACCUACUCUACUAUCAUUGAGGGGCUUUGCAGACAUGGAUAUGUGGUGCAAGCUUUUAAUUUUCAUCGGCAGGUUCUAGAAAUGAAUCUGAUUGAAGACACAUUCUCACAUAAUAUUCUUAUCAAUUGCCUUUGUAAAAGUAAUAAUUUAGCAGGAGCCAUGCAACUUGUAGGUAGCAUGUUUAUCCAUGGUUUAAUUCCCGACUUGGUCACAUAUGGUGCUUUAAUUGAUAGAUACUGCAAGGAAGGGCAGAUAGAAAGUGCUGUUCAGAUUUAUGACGAAAUGGCAAGGUUGGAGGAAGGACCCAACAUGGUGAUCUAUAACUCUAUUCUCAAUGGAUUGUGCAAGGAGAUGUCAGUGGAUGUUGCAAGACAGAUGGUAGAUUCAUUACAGAGUAUGGGUUUAUCUGAUGGCAUAACAUAUAACACUCUCAUAAAUGGUUAUUGUGGCUGUGGUAAUAUUGAUGAGGCAUUUGCUUUGUUCUUGGAGAUGAGAAAGGUAGGGGGGUUAGUGAACAGAGUAACUUACAACACUUUGAUAAAUUUUCUUUGCAAGUUUGGGUGCAUUCAACAAGCAAAAGAACUAAUGAAGAGAAUGCUUCUACACGGCCUGGUUCCUGAUGUUAUAACAUAUACAAUGCUCAUUACCUGUUCUGCUAAGAAUUGUAGUCCAGAUGAAGUGAUUGAAUUGCACGACUACAUGGUGCUUAAAGGAGUGAUUCCUGACAGACAGACAUACCAGGCUAUUGUUAGCCCCCUUCUUGCGGAAGAAAAUGAGGAGAAUAGAGUUUAGUUUUUAUAUUUUCUGAUUCUCAUGUUGGCUCAGUUGGCUUAACCUAUUUUUCGUUCUUAUACUUUACAGUCAUCAGCUAAUGAAGAAUUGAGAACUUUUUCUUAAUGAGAAAUACAUACUUGCAAGGUAUAUGAUGUGGCGUGCAUCCGUCUGGGUAUGCUAUUGUAUGUAUUAUCAUGCGAAGUUUCCUACUCAAGAACAAAGUUCUAGAACAAGAUAUGUCAGGAUGGUUCUGUUUGUUCAUAUGUCGGAUACGGAUGCUACUAUUAUGAUUAGACAUGCAUAUGAUUAUGAAUUGUAUAGAUCCUAAGAAUUCAGGGGCCAGGAUGGCUUAAAUUCUUGAAUUUUCCUUUUGAUAGAAUCCCCUCUCGCCAUGUUACAGUUCAAGUCCAGGCUUUUGUUUUCUGUCCCAUCUUCCCCUUCUCAUACAACCCAAGAGCUCUAAUAGGUUCAAAGAAAACGUAGACAUUGAAAGUUACGGAUCUGGGAACGCUGAUCUGCAAUGAACCCAAUACAGGCAUUCCAGUUCUGAUGCAGAUGUUGUGUCCUAUUAAAUUGAAGUCGAUAUUCUGCACAAAUCUGGACCGAUAAUGUAUUGCUGCCCCUUGAUUGUGUGGCCUUGAAAUUUCUUUAUCUUGUUUGUUUCCCGUCUUAUUGUUUGAGGUUACAGUACACUAGAUGUUGCAAUCUUUUCUAUGGAAAUAUAGAUAGAGAUUUAGAUGAUGAAAGCUGGAUCUUUUGAUCUUUUCUCCAAAUUUUCUUAGAGGAAAACCUGUUGCUGCC